GUGACAUCAGCUAGGUGGUGACAAUUGAUGGCAUGGGAGCAUUGAAAUAUGGAGGGACUGAGGGUUGGGGAUGGAUGGAUGGAUGGAUGUUCACAUCUUGCAUAUCUCUCGGUUGCAGCCCCAGUUCUACAAGAAGGAAAAGCACCAUCUCAGCCCCGCCUUGGCAACCUCACCGCUUCCCACAUCACCUCUGACUCCAUCCAGCUGGAGUGGAGCAUCCCUGAGGGCACCUUUGACUCCUUCACGGUGCAGUACAGGGAUGCCCAAGGGCAGCCCGAGUCACUGCUCGUGGAUGGAGAGUCCCACACGGUGACCGUGCCUGGGCUGUCACCGUCUCACCGAUACAAUUUCUAUCUGUACGCUGUGUCGGGGCAGAAACGUCUGGGUCCCAUCUCACUUGACACCAUUACAGCUCCAGCUCCACAAAAGGAGAAAUCACCCUCCCAGCCCCGCCUGGGCGAGCUCAUGGCCACUCAUGUCACCCCCGAGUCCGUGCAGCUGGAGUGGAGCGUCCCCGAGGGCACCUUUGACUCCUUCACGGUGCAGUACAAGGAUGCCCAAGGGCAGCCGCAGGUGCUGCCCGUGGACGGUGGUUUGCACAUGGUGACUGUGCCUGGGCUGUCCCCGUCCCAGCUCUACAAGUUCAACCUGUACGGGGUGUGGGGUCAGAAACGUCUGGGCCCCAUCUCCACGGACGCUGUCACAGGUGCCCCAGGGACCCUCUGGGUGGGGACUGUGUGGCCCCGCAGUGCCCGGCUACACUGGGCACCCCCCCGUGUGCCCCCUGAUGGCUACGACCUUGUCUACGGACCCCCCGGGGGACCCCAGAAGGUAACACCACCAGUCCCCCACCCCAAAGCACCCCGAAACGCCCGGGCAGUAAUUGGGGUGUUGGGCCCUAUCCCAACCCCCACCCCCCCCAAGGUGUUCCAGCGCCGCCAGGACGGGGGCACUGAUUUCUGGCGGGGGUGGGAGGCCUACGCCCACGGCUUCGGCAACGUCACCGGCGAGUUCUGGCUUGGGAACGAUGCGCUGCACGCGUUGACGGCCGGGGCACCCAUGGAGCUGCGGGUGGAUCUCCGUACCCCGUGGGACGCUGCCUUCGCCCGCUACCGCGACUUUGCUGUUGCCGGCCCUGAGGACCAUUAUCGUCUCCACCUCGGCGCCUACAGCGGCACUGCUGGGAGGACACUGGGAGGGAUCUUGGGGGGUCCCAGGAGGAUGUGGGAGUCUCUGGACCAUUUUGGGGGGAUUCCUGGCAUCAACUGGUUUCCCUGGAAAGGCUUCGAGUUCUCCAUCCCCUUCACCGAGAUGAAGCUGCGGCCGCAGCGCGACUGAGGGGACCCCGGGGGG